AUGUCUUUACUUGCCGUUGAUGUAAAAGCCCAGCAAAACCAUUCCAAUGUGAUACACUUAGGCUCUUCUCUUUCCCCUAUUGCUAACCGUACUUCAUGGCUCUCACCUUCUGGCCUUUUUGCCUUCGGUUUCUAUCCACAAGGCAAUGGUUUCGCUAUAGGAAUAUGGCUGGUUAAUCAACCAGAGAACACAAUUGUCUGGACUGCAAAUCGUGAUUACCCGCCUGUCUCCUCAAAUGCUACAUUGAACUUAAGAAGUGAUGGGCUUCUGCUUCGCACUGAGCAAGGUGAAGAAAUUCUCAUACUGAACUCUACACAAGAUAAGUUCUAUUUAUUUGCGGAUUCAGCAUCUAUGCUUGAUUCUGGUAAUUUUGUGCUCUACGACGACGCUUCUAGUGUUGUUUGGGAAAGUUUUGAAUUCCCAACUGACACCAUAUUAGGAGGUCAGAAUCUGUCUAAUCGCAAGGGUUUGGUGUCUAGUGUAUCUACAUCAGACCACUCAAGUGGACGUUAUUGUCUCAGGAUGCAGGACGAUGGAAACCUUGUUUCCUAUCCUGUAAACAAUACAUAUAUUUCAGAAAAUGCUUAUUGGAAAAUAUCAUAUGAUUAUGAUCAUAUCUGCAGCUACAAUAAGCGAUGUUUUAUGAGUGAUGGGACUUUUGGCAAUUCUAUCAAGCUCAGUCUUGACCAAAGGGGUCUACUAAGCUUAGCCAAUAGCAGUUCCCACAUAUACACUUUGGCCAAUAAUUCUUACCUUGGCAAGAAAGAAACUGUUAUCUAUCGUGCCAUACUUGAUUCUGACGGAAUUUUCAAGUUGUAUUCACACCACUUUUUCGGCAAUACUAGCUCAAGUGUGUCCUUGGUGUGGUCUGCUUUGCAAGAUCAAUGUGAAGUGAAAGGUUUUUGUGGCUUCAACAGUUACUGCAAAGGCGUGGGCUCCAUAGCUGAAUGUCGAUGUUUUCCUGGAUUUGAGUUCAUGAACAGCGGGAAUAAGUGUUUGGGCUGCUAUAAAAUGGGCUGCAAAGAUGGUUGUAGCAGCAGUAAUGAUUCAAUGAUACCAUACGACAUUAUUGCUCAGCCGAAUAUAUCCUGGGGCGAUUUUCCUUAUUCAAUGGUACGUACAGAGCAGGAAAAUUGUAAUAAGUCUUGCCUUGGAGAUUCUAAUUGUGGGGCUGCAUUAUUUUACAUGAAUGGCACUUGCACAAAAUAUAAGCUUCCACUUAGAUAUGGUAGAAGUCAAAAUUCGUCAGCUAUAGCUUUCUUUAAGGUGAUUGGGAAAAAUGGUCCAGACCAUCCCCCUCCAUUUCCGGGAAUAUUGAUGGAUAGCAAAAAAAAGAUGAUUUUGAUUCUUUCACUAACUUUGGGUUCCAAUGCAUUGUUGUGUUCUGCAAUUGCAAUAUCUUGUUUCUUCAUAUAUAGACAUCAAGUUCAUAGGUACAGAAAGCUGUCGUUGGAAAAUGUGAAUCUGGAAUUUGCAGAAAAUUUUACCUUGCGUUCAUUUUCUUACAAUGAGCUUGAGCAUGCAACAGAUGGAUUCAAGGAAGCGUUAGGUAAGGGUUCAUUUGGAUCGGUUUAUAAAGGGUAUUUAUCUGAAGCUAACAAAAGUAUUGCUGUUAAGAGGUUAGAGAAAUUUGUGGAAGAAGGGGAAAGGGAGUUUCGAGCUGAAAUGACUGCCAUUGGACGAACUCAUCACAGAAACUUAGCUCAGUUGCUUGGUUUCUGUAUUGAGGGAUCUAGAAAGCUUCUUGUUUAUGAAUACAUGAGCAAUGGUUCACUUGCAUAUCUUCUCUUCAAGACUAAAGAGCGCCCACUUUGGAGGGAAAGAGUAAGAAUUGCACUAGAAGUGGCUAGAGGGGUCUUCUAUCUACAUCAAGAGUGUGAAGUCAAUAUCAUCCAUGGUAAUCUAAAACCCCAAAAUAUACUCAUGGAUGAAAAUUGGACUCCAAAGAUCUCAGACUUUGGAUUGGCGAGGCUAUUAGUGCCAAAUCAAAAGAGAAAUAUCACCACGGAUAUUGAAGGGUCAAGUGGGUACUCAGCACCUGAAUGGGAGAAAAAUGCCUUGAUAUCAAUAAAAGUGGACAUUUUCAGUUACGGGAUGAUGCUUUUGGAGAUUGUAUGUUGCAGAAGCAACAUAGAAGUGAAUGUUUCAACAGCAGAUGAGAUUCUUCUAUCUAACUGGGUAUAUAAUUGCCUUGUGGCUGGAGAGUUGAAUAAACUUGUGGAAGAUGAAAAUGUAGACAUGAAGACACUAGAAAGAAUGGUGAAGGUGGGCUUGUGGUGCGUUCAGGAAGAUCCAGCUCUGCGUCCUCCAAUGAAGGAUUUAAUCCUGAUGUUGGAGGGGACAAUGGAUAUAGAGGUCCCUCCAUCUCCAGCUAUUUCUCAUUCUUGA